GUUGAGCAGCAGGAUGAGCAGCAGCCAGAGGAUGGGUAUGAACUCAUGACGAGCAUCGGAUCACGAGGCAGUGAGACCUCCUCCCCAGAGUCUCCCAAACCCUCUGUCGUGGUGCUCAAAGAGGCCAGCAGUCCCUCUUUAGGGGGCACAGUCAACCUUAUCUUCAGCUUUGGUAACACAGGGGACAGCCAAGUUCAAGUGCUUGAUUCGCCCACUAGGACAGAUGAGGUAGUGGAGAAGACCUCUGAGCCUGUCCACAGGGUAAGUACCUACUUGCAUGUCAAGGAUAACAACUUGGCUGUGGCCCCUGUGUAUGAGAGUAUCACCCUGCCCCGCCAAAAGACUCGCUCUGCAGCCUCAGCCUCCCCUACUUUUUUGCCUUCCUCCUCCUCACCAUCAUUCGCAGCGCCUGCGCUUCAGACAACCAACGUGUCCUUCCACCCUUUGACGAGGAGCGGCAGCAGCUCCAUCUUCAGCAGCCUCAAGAGAAUGGGCAAGAAGAGGAAGAGGAAGAGAGAUGCUCGCAGGCACACUAUCCAGAAAAUCAUGGGGGUGGAAGAGCAAACAGAUGAGCCUCAUUACGCCUGCGAGAUGAUCACAUAUGACACGCAUACUUGGCCACUGAAGGAAGGUAGGAGGAAGAAAAGUACACCAAAGAAUGGGGAUGGAGUAGAAGCUAUGGCCUACAUGAAGAAUCCCCUGCUGAAGGACAUUGAUACAGACUGUGCAGGAGAGUACAGCACUAUACCAUAUGCUGUUUCAGAGGGGCCAAGUCAAGUGAGAGGCCACUGCAGAUUCCUUUCUUUAGGCUCUGUGCUGAGUUUCGACCUACCCAAGGACAUGACCCUCAUCCCAAGCAUUCAGGACAUCAUUACUAUCGCCCCCCCAGAGUCCAAGAAAGGAGCAGGGACUGAUCCAGACCCACACUCCCAGAGACACACAGCCCUAAGCUCUUUCAAACAGACUCGACCCACUCCUGUCAUCACACAUACUUCAGCAGACGUCAGCUUUUCUGAAACACAGACUUCAGCGGUUGUAGUGAAAGAUUUGCCUGAUAUAGACAGCAGUUUCCAACCAUCUCCACCUUCCCUGGAAGAAGAGGAGGAUCAAACUGUGCCAUGUAACGACCUAUCUAAAACCCAGUUCAGCCUCCAUGAGGAUGCAGAGCAGGAAUGGGACAAAAUGUCAUCAGAGGUUAAAAUCAGUGCAGCUGUAAGGAUUGGGAACAGCCAGCCUUCCCAGCUCCCUAUUUAUGUCAACCAAUCCCAUGCUUCCACUACAGCUGUACAUAAACACGAGUGCCCCAGUGUCCAUACACUGAUUCGAGACUUAAAUGGACACCAGUACCAUAGAAGUGCAAGACCUCAGAGCAUGCGUGAAGACAGUGGACAGUGCCUGAGCCAAGCUUCUCAUAUGGUGGUGAAUCUGAAGUCAACAGUGAGUGUUCGUCAGGACUCAGUGGACUCUGGCAUCUCCAGCUCCAGCAGCAUCAAGCUUUGCUCCGAUGCACCAUGUACAGAUAACUCCCUGCCUAAGGGAGUGGUGGGUAGGCUCCUGUCCCUUGAGGUGGGAGGUAUAGACUGCACUAAAAUGAAAGAGAACAAUGUAACAUCCUUGGGUUUAUCUAAAGACUCAGAGGUACUAGAACCAGAGCCUGUCCACCUCGACCAUCAGCAGUUUGAGGAGGAAGAAGAAGAAUUGGAGGACAUCUGGAACCAAACUACUAACUAUAGGCAGAGUAUCUGCUCAGAUAUCAUGUACCAAUCCAACCAGGAAGAGUCCAUAUCCUCUGAACAAUCCAAAGAGCCCCUUUCCCGCUCACCUUCUCCUAAGGCCCCAGCCGUACUCUACAGGAACCUGGUCACAGCCUCAGCACCAAACCUCCUUGUGGCUGAGUUCAAGCUGCCCUCCUAUGUGCAGAGCUUGCUGGGUUACGACAAAGAGCAGAGUCCCAAAGGUCACCAACCUCCGCUGACUGUAGGAGACAGGAGGUCCUGGGCCGCAUUUCCUAACAGGGAACAAGCCAGCAAGAGCUCAGUGGUAGUGAACGAGACGGCAUCCGAUCCAGUGAAGCUGCCGGAUGUAGGGGACAAUCAGAGAUACAUUUACCAAUACAGAGAGGAUGAGGAGGAGGUGGAAGGGGCAAAGGUGGGGGAGGAGGUGGAGGAGCACGCAGGUUGCUCAAAGGACCAGUCAAUGAGUCUGCUGUCAGUUCACAUGGGUUUGGAUGGGGUCUCUCGUCAAAGCCAAGCCUAUCAAAGCCUGGAGGACAUGGAGACGCAGGAAGAAUCAAUGGCCACAGGAGGGCACUGUAUCACUCUGAGUGGAAAGCCUGAGCUGCAGUCUAUGGAAGGAACGCUUGAGAGGAAGCACAAGCUGCAGCUGGGAGGAAAGAAAGCAACCUCCAGAGGCUGGAACUCCUACCAUGCUGUCCUGUAUAGACACACCUUAUGUUUCUACCAGGAUAGAAAGGACACACUGAGGAGUUCUGUAUGCGGCCUGCCUCUGAACCUCAUCGGAGCUGAAUGUUCAUCUGCACCAGAGUACACUAAAAAACCCAACUGCUUUCGUCUGCGGCUGCGUGAUGGUUCUGAGUAUCUUCUUAAUGCCUCCUCACGCUUCAUGAUGAAGAAAUGGAUGAUGAAAAUACAAGCAAACACAGGUCUGAAUGAGUCCGGGUCUUCAAUAUUAAGCAUCCCUGUUGAUCAAGACUUCCCCAUUUCCUUAAAUCCCUCCUUCUGUUCUGGUUGUCACGGUUUGGCCAAAUGCCACUGCUCCUCCCGACAUGAUGUCACCUCCACGUUCUCCAGGCUAAAACCACCGGGCGCCGCCCAAGCCAAAGAGAUUGUUGUCCUCACCAGAGAAUUCAGUCACAUGCCGCAGAGUCACUUAAGGAGUUUGGAUGAGCAAUCGACCAUUUCAUCCUCACAUGAAGGCUGCUGCGGUAAGAUCUUCUGCUGUGUACACAAAAGCUAUAUUAAUCUGGGAAGGGUUGACCGAUUGUGCAACUGGUCCACCUUAACAUUUAGCAGAAACAAUACAAGCACCACCCUUUGUUGUUGGCUAUUGAACGGCCCAGCUAGACCACUAGUGAUUUUUUAAACAUCAUUUAUGUAUAGGUUUUCAACAUACCGAUCAACAACGCUGGCAAAAAAGCAAUUUCCUACUCUUGA